CUGUCAAGAUCAGGGAGUAUAUUCCAUACGUGUACUUGUGUAUGCAACAUGUUACACGUAAAAAUUGUUUAAAUAUUUCAAAGAAUGUACAAAUGUACUGUUUAAAUAAAAAAUGGAUAUCGAAACUGAAAAUGUUAUAAAUCUUAUAUUUCCAAACGGCAUACCAGAAUCAUGGAAAGAAAGUCCAGACUUUUACCAAUACUUAUCAAAACUUGGUGGUUAUGAUGUGGAUCAACUCAAUAAGGAACCUGAUCAUUUAGAUGAUGAAAAAAAUUCAGUAUUACAAACCACACAAGAGCUAGUAUUUGCAAAUUAUAAAACUUUUAUCCAAACAGCAGAAAGUUCCAGAGAAAUAUUUAAACAAUUUAAUGAGACUGAAAAUCGGCUUGAUGGACUUGUACAAAAGAUACCCAUGUUUGUGGAAAAAUGCCAAUCAUUUUGUGAUACCUCAAAAGACAUAAAUACACAUAGAAGGAUAAAUAGUUUAACAUUAACAAGAAAUGCAGAAUUACUUGAAGUACUUGAAAUGCCUCAACUAAUGGAAUCUUGUUUGAGGAGUAAUCAAUAUAAUGAAGCAUUAGAAUUAUCUCAGUAUGCACGUCAAUUAGGAACUAAACAUGGAGAUAUUCCAAUUAUAUCGUCCAUAGUGGCAGAAAUUGAGAGCAGUUGGUCAGGCAUGGUAGGACAAGUUGUUGGUUCAUUAAGAGGAGAUUUACCACUUGCCAGAUGCUUACAACUUAUUGGAUUAUUACGAUCAAUGGAUGCUUUCACAGAACCAGAAUUACGUAUAAAAUUUCUACAAGCUCGUGAUAGUUGGCUUCAAAGUCUUUUGAAUGCUAUACCUAAAGAUGACCCUAAUCUUCAUGUCACAAAAACAAUAGAAUUAUCAAGGAUACAUUUGUUUAAUAUAAUAACACAAUAUAGGGCUAUGUUUAAUGAUGAUGAACUUAUAAUACCAGGAAGAGAUCCAACUGUAAAUGAGUGUGCUAUAUUUUAUCAUUGGAUUGAAGAAAAGAUAUUUCAGUUUCUAACGACUUUAGAGCAAGAUUUACCGGGUGUAACAUCUAUAGAUUCAAUAUUGGGUCAAUGUACAUAUUUUGGUUUAUCAUUUGGUAGAGUAGGUGCUGAUUUUACUGGUCGAAUGUCUGAUAUAUUUGUACGCGCUAUUGGAGAAAAAUUUGAAUCCAGCAUUCGUAAAGCAACAAAAAAAUUUGAAAAAGAUAUGGAGUCAUUUACAUUAAUAAAUAAGACACAAAAAACUAAUAUUAAAAUUACUUCAACAAUUGAGUCAGAAAAUCCACCAGAACAAUUGGUAGAAUUCUAUCCUUUAGCUGAAUAUUGCAAUGGUCUUAUAUCAGCUUUCAAUGAAAUACGUCUUUGCUCGCCAGUAGCACUUUCUGUCUUUUGUACAAAUACUUUGCAGGAAUCUUUAUACAAUGUGGCAAAAUCAAUAUUGCUUUUCUAUAAGAAAGAACAACAAGCUUUUGCAGCUUCAGAAAGAGAAAAUAUGCUCAGAUUUAUCGAAUGUUUAUGUGAACAAUUAAUUCCUUAUAUACAGUACUGUAUUCAUGUUAUUUUUCGUCCAAAUCAAAUUGCAAUUCACUUAGGCAUUUCAGAAAAUUUGUUACAAACGCAGGGUAUAACAUAUUUAAGUAGAAACAGUAUGUUAGAACCAUUGACUGCUUUAUUGCCAGUUCCAAAAAAUUUACCAGUCUCUAGUGUACAAACAGUUGCGUUACAAAGAACUUCCUCUGAAAUAUCUUCAUUACCCGAUAAUACGGAAGCAGAUGCAACUACAGAAAAAUUGCAGAAAAUACAAGUAUCAGAGACACAAUUACUUACAGAGCAAAAAACUGUAUCUACUGAUUCACAAGAAAGAAAAACAUCUCUAACUGAAAAUGCUGAAACCUUUGCAAAUAAUUCCAUUAAAUAUUACAUUUAUGAUAAUGGCAUGUACAAAGAUCAUAAUAAUUACUACAUGUGUAUAAUUGUAAAAGCUCUUGUUUGA